UCUGGCUCGGGGACUGCGGAGGGUGCUGCGGAGUCUGGGAGGGACGUCCGUCCGUCCGACGGGGCAAUGGCGGAUGGGGAGGCCGCCGUGUCUGUGGAGUGGGACAGCAGUGAUGGGGGCUUAGCAGAAUAACAUCCCACUUCUGCAUUUACAUUUUCUCUGUUUAGCUUGGUAUUCAGCUCUCGCCAUGGAUCCAGAGAAAACGUUGACAUUCUGCCUCGGGCUGAAGGCUGAGGAGAUGACCAUAUCCCUGCAGGGGCUGGAUGGGACUGAAUCUGCUACGGUGGCUGUUUCUCAGAAGGAGGCUGACAUGCGCACAGUGAAUAAGGUGGUGAAGCAUCACGGGGGUUCUGGUAGCCAGCCUGUUGCCAGUCCGAAGUACUGUCCUGGGGUAAAAAACAACCCAGGUUACCUGUGUGAAACGGGGCACUGCUGCGGAGAGACGGGCUGCUGUACCUACUACUAUGAGCUCUGGUGGUUCUGGCUGCUGUGGACGAUGCUGAUCCUCUUCAGCUGUUUCUGCGCUUACCGCCACCGCCGAGCAAAGCUGAGGAUCCAACAACAGCAGAGACAGAGGGAGAUCAAUCUGAUCGCCUAUAACGGAGCCUGCAACUACCCUUCCUCAAUGCUGGACCUCAGUUUUCUGGCUUCCUUCAAGUUGCCCUCCUAUGAGGAGGUGGCGGCACAGCCCAGCACCCCUCCUCCACCUUACAGCUCUGUCUUCGCCCUGCAGGGAGGUGCCACGGGGGGUGCUAGCUCCUCCUACACCCAUCAUCACCAUCACCGUCACCCCUGCCCUCCAUAUCUGGGCCCUGGUCCCAGUGGCCUGACGUCCUCCCAGAGCUCUGACAACUACACCAGCUGCUCCUGCGAGUCUUGCUCCCUCACUUCCCCCUGCAGCACCUCCUUCUCUGUCCAGGUGACAGACGAGACUUACGACAGCAGCCACAUCUCCACACCCAGUGAAGCAGGGGGCGACUAUGCUGUUGUGUCGAGGUUUGGGGCCAACUUCACACCAACUUCUUCCCCGACACCUUCAUCACAAGUUGCCCCUGAUGUUAUACCUGCGACCAUUCCAGAUGUCAUACCGGGACAAAGACGGCCCUCCAAUGGCAGUGAAAGAGUCUCGUCUUCAGCUCCACCUCUCUCUUCAGUUACACCCCCGUCCUUCAUGCCCUUCUCGCCUCCCACUCUCUCCCCUCAUUCUGUUAUCUUCCAUUCCUCCUGGUCAAGUACAUCCUCUCAUCCUCUCGGACCCACUUGGAGCUUUAGCUAUUCAGAGAGAGAAAGAAGAAGAGACCUCACCUUUGGCUGCAGCUCCCAGGUCCAUUCUGUCUCCCUCUAAACAGGGUGUGGCUGUUU